AUGAUCACCCAAAUAAAUGAAAGCGACCCUCUAAAAUAAGAAAAUAAGUAGUAGAAUGAUCCUGAAGUUUCUUAUAUAUAGUUGUACAGGUUUGCUUCUAAAGUUGAUUAUGGUCUAAUGUUUCUCAGUAUGAUUGGAGCUAUUGGAAAUGGAUUAUCUAUGCCAAUAUAUUCAAUAAUUUUUGGUGAUCUCACUGAUUCUUAUGCAUAUGAUGACGACGACACCAAAAUAAAAAAGGCUGGAUUCAACACAUUGUAAAUAUUUUAUGGAAAUAUUAGAUACAUGUUGAUUUUAGGAGUAGGUACACUAUUAGUAACAUUUUUGAUGUAUGCGACAUUUUCUAUAAGUACAGAAAAUCAAACAAAAAGAUUAAGGAAAUGUUAUCUUAGCUCUCUCUUAAAAAAGUAAGUUAUGUGGUAUGAUUAAAUAAACACGAAUGCUUUAAAUUAGAAAAUAAACAAUGAAAUAUCUUCUAUUUCUGAUGCUAUUGGAGAAAAGACUAUGACCUUUACUUUUUCAUUUGCUGCAUUUAUAAGCGGUUUCUUGGUUGGGUAUAUAAAGUAUAAAUUGAUUUAAUAAAUUUUAGAGGUUGGAAAUUAGCUUUAGUAAUUACAUCAGCCUUACCACUCUUAGCAAUAACAAUAGCAUUAAUAGGUUUUUCUGCAUCUUGGAGGGAAUAGUUUACAUUAAAAUCUGAUAUUGAUUCAUCAGCUGUGGUUGAGGAAACAUUAAGUUAAAUCAAAACAGUAAAAAUGCUUGAUGGAGAAGAUUUCGAGUAUCAAAGGUUUAAGAAGAUCAUAUAACAUUCAUCAAAGACUAUAAUUAAAUUUGGAUUAUAUUAUGGUUUAUCAUUUGGAUCCAUGUAGGGAUUUCAACAAUGGACUUAUGCAUUAGGUAUAUUUUAUAGUGGAUAAUUAGUAUCAAAUUAAGUAAUAAUAAAUAUUAAUAUUUUAAUAGGUUGAUAUAAAUUAUACAGGUCCCAUAUAUACAUCAGGUAGUAUUUGUACAGUAUUCUUUGCAAUUUUAAUGGGAAGCUUUUCAUUAGGAUAGAUUGGCCCUUGUUUGUAAAGUUUUGCUAGGGGGAAAUUGGCUGCUAAAGAAGUUUUUAAGAUUUUAGAUGAAAAACAAAUUAAAGAGUAGAAUUAUGAAACAAUAAAUAACGAUAGUUUAAAUGGUUAAAUUUAGUUUAGAAAUGUUUCAUUCACAUAUCCAACAAAAUAAGAAGUUUAAGUAUUAAAAUAAGUGAGUUUCUCAAUUCCAUAAGGAAAGAAAAUAGCAUUUGUUGGAGAAAGUGGAUCUGGAAAGUCUACUAUUGCUUAAUUAUUACUUAAAUUUUAUGAGAUAGAUAGUGGUACAAUUUUGAUAGGUGAAGAUGAAAUACCUUUGAGUUAGAUAGGAAAAGAGUAGUUUAGAUAGAAAGUUGCUAUUGUUUCUUAAGAACCUGCUCUAUUUGAUACAACAAUAAGAGAAAACUUAAAAUUAGGAAAUAAAAAUUGUAGUGAUGAAGAGUUAAUAGAAAUGUUAAUAUCAAUGAAUGCAUCAGAAUUAAUAGAGCAUUUAGAUACAAAUGUAGGAAUUAAUGGAAAUUAAUUUAGUGGAGGUUAAAAAUAGAGAAUUGCAAUAGCUAGAGCAUUGUUAUAAAAACCAGAAAUUUUGAUUUUGGAUGAAGCGACUAGUGCAUUAGAUAGAACAAAUGAAUAUCAAAUAACGAAAACAAUAGAUGAGUAAUUUACAAAUUUAACCAGAAUUGUUAUUGCUCAUCGUUUAAGUACUAUUUAAGAUAGUGAUUUAAUAAUUGUAUUUUAAUAAGGAUAGAUUGUAGGAUAAGGUACACAUACAGAGUUAUUGUUGAAUUGUUAAUAAUAUGCUUAUUUGAUUUCAAAAUAAUAAACAAAAGAAGAUGCCGUUAUGUUACCAACUUAAGUGAGUAUAGAAAUUGAAUCAGUUAAAAAGAGAACAGAUAGAACACCCAAGAGGACAUAAAUUUUUGAUAAUUAUCAAUCUGAAAAAUCUAAGAUUAGAUUGAUAGAUACAUAAAAUGAAAUUAUUAAGUUGUCAAUAGUUAGAUAGGAAACAUCAUAAAAAUAAGAUAAAGUAGAAAUGAAUGAAAAAUCAUUUAUGUAGACUUUGAAAGAUCUAAUUUUACUUAACUAUAAAGAAAUCCAUUAUUUAAUUAUUGGAUGUAUAGCAGCCUGUGUUAAUGGAUCAAUUUAUCCAUUAUUUUCUCAGGUGAUAGCAGAAGUGAUUGAAGCCCUUUUAAUUAAUAAUCCUCAAUUCAAUAUAGAAAAUAGCACACCUGAUUAGAUACAAUAUAGAGUAGAUGCUUUAAAAGAAUCGAUAUUAAAAUGCGAAACUAACUUAUUUAUUUUAGGAUUUGUAUACUUUAUUUCAACAACAAUAGAAUGCUUUUGUUUUAGUGUUUAUUCUGAAAGGUUGACAAUUAGAAUGAAAUUAGAAAUGUUUCAUAAAUACUUACGAUUACCUGUAGGAUUUUAUGAUAAUCCAAAUAAUAAUGUAGGAUUUUUGACUACUCGAGUUAAUACAGAUUCAAGAACAGUAUAAUAACUCUUUUAAAAUAUUGUUGGAUUUAAGUGUUAAUAUUAUGCAGCUAUUUUUGUAGGAUUCACUUUAGCAUUUGUUUCUUCCUGGAAAUUAACCUUAUUAGCAAUAGGAAUAGCUCCAUUAUCUUAUUUAGGGAGUAAAUUAAGUUCAAAGUAUGUUGUAGGUUCAUAAUAAUCAUUUUGUGAAUAAGUAUAUGUAACAAGUAACAGAAUAUUAAUGGAAACCUUAACAAAUAUACGUACUGUGUAUUCAUUAAGAGCUGAGAAUGUUUUGGUUGAAUAAUAUACUAAACUUUUAGAAUAGCCAAGUAAAUAAGCUAAAAAACUUGGAGCUUGGAUUGGGGUUAGUUCAGGAUAUGCAUAGAUGAAACCAUUUUUAGUUAAUGGAUAUCUUUUUUUUAUGGGAACUCUUCUACUUUAUUAUGAUGAUCUACCUGUACUAGGAAUCUAUUAGACUAUUUUAGCAAUUAUAUUUGCAGUUGUUGGAGGUGCCAAAGAUAUAUAUUUUCAAUCUGAUAAUAAUAAGGCUAAAUAAGCAAUUAACUAUUAUUUUAAUUUAUUAGAUGUUGAGGAUGAAUUGUAAAAAGAGGAUAAAUUAAAAUCAUAAAAAUUGAAAGUACCUAUUCUAGGAAAUUUGGAAUUCAAAGAUGUUACUUUUAGUUAUCCACAGAGACCAAAUAUAUUUGUACUCAACAACUUAAAUCUCAGAAUUGAUGCGUGUACUACUGUUGGCUUUGUUGGUUCUUCUGGAUGUGGUAAAUCAACAUUGUUUUAACUUUUAAUGAGAUUCUAUGAUGUUGAUUCUGGAGAUAUUUUAUUAGAUGGUAAAUCUAUUUACGAUUUUGAUUUAAAAUAUUUAAGGUAACAUUUUGCAAUUGUUUAACAAGAACCAUAAUUAUUUAAUGAAACAAUUUCAUACAAUAUUCAAUAUAAUAUCAAAAGUAUAACAUAAGAAGAUAUUGAGAAUGCAGCUAAACUUUCACAUGCUUAUGACUUUAUAAUGCAAGAAGAUUUUGGAGGUUUUUAAAAAAAGGUAGGCAGUAAAGGAAGUUUGAUUUCAGGUGGAUAAAAAUAAAGAAUUGCCAUUUCAAGAGCAGUUCUAAGAAAUUCAAGUGUAUUUUUAUUUGAUGAAGCUACAAGUGCAUUAGAUUCUAAUGUUGAAUCAAUGGUUUAAAAAUAAUUAGAGGAAUAUUUGAUUGGAAAAACAGCCAUUGUAAUAGCUCACAGAAUAUCAACUAUUAAGGUAUAUAAUUCGAAUAUUAUUUUAGAACUGUAAAGUUAUAUAUGUUUUUGAUAAAGGUUAGGUAAUUGAAUAAGGAGAUUAUAAUUAUCUUGUAAGUUAAAGGGGCCAUUUUUACAAUCUCGAAUAGGGACUUCUUAAUUAAUAUUAAGAGAAUGAGAUUAGCUUCUAAUAGGAUGAUGUUAAAGCAUGA